UCAGCUUCACUCCAUCCCCCCACCCACCCACAGAGACACAGGCGCCCACUGGAUAACAGCAGCACUCAGGUGUCAUGGACGGACAACUUAUUCGCACAUGUGCGCCAACAUUUCACCGUGUUUCUGUCCCUUUGUGUCUUUAGACACACUAUUUAACCAGGUGGUGUGUUUGAAUUCACACUCGGUUAUUAUGGAUCGACUGGAUGAAUGGAGCUUCAAGUCCAAGAAAAUGGACCUGGAGGAGGAUUUCUACUUCGACUACGGAGCGGAGGAAAUGACAGGUUAUCAAGACCCCAAUGAACUUGUUGCUGCUUUGAAACAAAAGGAGGAAGAGGUUAUUUUGGCAGCCCAGCUGGGAAACGCAUUGCUCCUGGAAAACCGUCAGUUGAAAGAGAAAAGCGACAAACUUCAUGAACAAUACGCAGACAAACUGGAGGAGCUGGAGCAGGGCAGGCAUGAGCUGCGGCUGAAGCUGGAGGGCAGCCAGUCCCAGUGGGAGAGCCAGGUGUUGGACCUGGAGAGGGAUGUGAGGGAGCUGAGGGCCCAGGUGGAGCGGCUCACCCAGGCCCUCAGCGAGGCCGAGAGGGAGAAGAGUCGAGCCCAGGUGGAGCACAGUGAGCACACACAGCAACUCAGGGAGCAGCUCAACACAGCGAUGGAGACGGAGAGAGCCAUGUCCGGUGAGCUGCAGGCUCUAAAACAGGAGCUCCAACAAAAAGGAAGCCACAACCGGCCGCAGGACGAGGAGCUGAUCAGUGCCAUGAGGGAGCAGGUGCUGCGUAUCACCCAAAAGGAGCAGUUGCUGGAAGAGCGUCUGGAGAGUGUGUGUACAGAAAACAAUGAGCUGAGGGCGAGUUUGGCCUCCUUACACACACGCCUGGCUCUACAUGACCAACUCAACCAGCAGCACAGCCAGCAGCUAGCAGAGGCGUGGCAGGAGGUGGAGGCGGCGAGGGGUCGCUCACAGCAGCUGCAGGUCCAGGUGGAGGAGCUUCAGGAGGAGGUGUCCCUGCAGGAAGGCAGGAGCCACGGAGACGCCUCCCUGCUGUCCGAGCUGGAGAUCAGCCUGGAGACAGCAGGGCUGGGAGUCCGUAAAGAAGAGAUAACGCAAGAAAUGGGAUCCAUCCUUCAGUUACUGCUCCCACUGACUCAGGAACUAAACAGCUCAGAGAGGUCAGAGGUCGUGGAUAAACAGGAGGACCUGCAGGCCAUGCUGCAUCGGCUGAAGGGAGUGGCCCAAACCCUGGCGCAGGCAUCCAGCCCUCAGGAGCUGAAUCGAGCUUUUGUCGACAGGACGGGCGAUCAGUGUGGGAAUCCAAGCGCAGCACAGGAGCUGAGAGAUCAGAUAUAUACGAUCCCCUUGCAGAACGUCCAGCUGCAGCUGGAAAACGCUCAACUGAAGCAGAAGCUGCAGGGUGUGCAGGAACAGGCUGAAGUGGUCCAGCAGGCCAUCAGAGACCGGGAUGAAGCCAUAGCCAAGAAAAACCUGAUGGAGGCCGAGUUGGUGAGAAGUAAAAAUGACAUGAUGUCUCUCAACAACCAGUUAUUAGAAGCCAUCCAACGUAAACUGGAGUUGUCACAGGAACUGGAGGCCUGGCAGGACGACAUCCAGAUCAUCAUCAAUCAGCAGCUCCGGUCCCAGCAGCAGUCUGAGCAUCUUCAGAAAAAGUCCACCUCCAAUGGCAUGUCCUUUUUCCGCAGGACCAGCAGGACGGCCUCCACCUCGACACGCCAGCCCUCCUCCUUCUCCUCCUCUUCCUCCACCUGGAAUUCAGACGCUGAUCAGGGCAAAACCCAAUCCCCCUGGAGGGACUGGUUAAGACGAGGGAAAGGGGCGAAUAAUGGACAGUGAGUGCUAUACCUUCCCCCUGAGUGCUGAGGAGAGGAGGUACCAGGAGGACAGGUCAGAAGGAAGUCACAAGUGCAGCUUCCCGUACGUCAUGUAUGGUGAAAAGCAGCCAUAAAGAUACUUUUUAUUCAAUGACGAACAGCCAAGCCACUAUGAACAAAGACUUGUAAAUAGGCCCUAACUUCUACACAUUUCACUCAGAGGCUGAGCCUUCCUAAAAUCUAAACUGUGACAACCUGGAACACUAUUAGGUUUGCUUGAGACUGUAAAUAUCGUGCCUUAUUUUGUAAUAUUGUGACUGUCUAUGUCUGAGACUUUAAUAUGGUAUACAUGGUAGGUGUAGAUCAGUAGAGAGUAUUUGUUCCGAUUUAUUUAUCAUAUGUCACAGAUCAAAGAGAGAGACCCACGGUCAGAAAAGUUAAUGAUCAAACAACUUGUUAUCGAUCUGAAUUGUGUCUUUACAAACCAAGUUUGAUGUGAGAAGUUACAUUUUUUACUGUCAGCUUUGCUCAAAAGCUAAAUAUGUAAAAAUGUUAAUUGUAUAAGAAACACUAUGUUUUUACUUUAUGUACACUGAGAUGGCUAUUAUUUUUUUAUAAUUCCAUUUUCGAUCUCUGAAUGAUGACUUGGUGUGGUAUGAGUCUGUGUAUAGCAUACACAUGUAUGUGCAUGUUCUGUAACUCAGUGUUUAAUAAAAGCUGCUGAGUACAA